CUUUACUCGGAUCGAUUUGAUAUUUUUGGAAAAUAUUUUAAACCAUUUAAUAAGACAAACAAAAUUUUGCAACCCACCUUAGCUCUUAAGUUUGGCUUCUUUGAAAAAUAUACGUAAGCAAAACGUAUAUAUUAUAGUUUUCUCACUGAUUGCACCUGCCAAAGGUUAAGCUAAUUCUAUCCCUUAUCGGUACAUAAUGUGAAUAGCAAAAUCAUUGUGCCGUCUAUAUCGCUCCAGUUUGGAUUUAGUUCAAUUAAAGAAUAAUCUAACUAAGCCACAUAUUUUUAUUGUUUAUUUGAGAUGCUUUUAAAAUUUUCUGAUUAUAAUAUUUCUUUUACGCUUCUGUGCCAUGUAUAAGUCAAUGUCAUACUUGAAAAAUAAACUGUAUAAAUAGCCAUGGCCUUUUAAUACAGUUUUUAUUCAGGUUUGGAACUGCCUCACUGACAGUUACGAAUAAGAAAUCUUUAGCUAAAAAUGAAGCACUCUUUUUUGCUCGUCGCCGGCGCUUUGCUGCUUGUGCAAUUCGUCCACGCCUUGCCUCACAUGAAACGUGAGUCCGUCGCUGCCAAAACACAAAACCGCAUUCACAACUCUUCGCCAUCCGAAAAUGAGAAUCGUAAAUCAGCCAUUUCACUAAAAAUCGUAGGACUUGCACAGUGGGUACACCUUAAGGGGAGCGUAGUAAUUAAAAACACCGUUGAAGAGUUGAACGAAAUUCCACUUAAAAAUCAACCUUUACGAGCGAGUAUCAGACGCUUGUCUGAACUUGUCGAGGAUUCUGAAUUUCCCAUAAGAAACAAUAGGCAGACCGUUCAAAACUUAGUCGGGUUCAUGAAUAAGAUUGAUGAGAUGAUCAAAGACUAUAACAACAUGCCUGACAAUUCGAAACUGAAACAAACCUUGCAAACGGCUCUCGAAAAUAAUGGCUACAAAGAGUUUGCGAGCGAGUACGAAGAAAGAGCUUUUCAGUACGCCGAAGAUGUAUACGAGGCAUUAGAGGAAUAUGUUAAGGAUUUGUCCCCGCAGGAAAGGGUGCGGGAAGUCAAGAUGAUUCAGUGGUAUGAAAAAUUGCAAAAACAAUUCGAAGAAUAUGAUAAGGCUCAUUCUUAAACGAUUGGAGUAUAUAUUAUAUAAAUAUAUGUAUGUAUAUUGAA